AUGCAAGUUGAGAUAAAAGAGAAAUUAGAUGACUUAGAUGUGGAGGAAUUGAAGAGACUAUCCAGCCAAUCAAAUUACAGGGAUUUCAACGAGCUAUUUAACAGUAUAAGAGAUGAAUUGGGUAGAGUGAAGGAGAUGAUUGACGAGAACGUCUUCCAAGGCGGGGAUAGAACAUUAGAGGAGAGAUACAAUCUGAUUCGGAGCAAAUUCAGGAGCGUAUCUCUAUCAACCAAGCGUAGAAUAGAUGGGAGUGGAGGGCGAAAUGAGCUGAUAGAUGACAAGGACGAGAGGAACAAGGAUGAUUCUGAGCUUACGCAGAGCCUCGUGAAGACUACAAACAUGUUGAAAUCUAAUUUGGAUCAAUCAAUACUCAAUCAUCAGAUCUGGGAGGAUAGCAGUGGAAUGAUAAAAUCAAUUAAGCGUGCCCCGCACCAAAUGUCCUCUAAAAUUGGCAGAGCGUCUACAACAACAGACGCCGCAUUCGACGAACAUGAACGUAGAAUGCAAAUUAUAGAGCAAGGUGCUGAUAGGCUGGUGAAGGAUUCAAGGCUGUUUAGAGAUUCUGUUCAAGGUCUGCUGAAAUCAGGUGCCGAUUUCGGUAAAGCCUUUGAAACAAUAUUUCAACCAAUUGGCUCAAAUGAUGUUGGUCUCGACAAGAAAAAUCCAGCGUCGGAAUUGACACUAAACAACAUCACCAUGUAUCAAGUACUGAUGGCAGAGUUGAAGGACACGCUCGCACCUGAAUUGGAUCUGAUUGAGGGUAGGGUGAUGACCCCAGCCAAGGAGUUCAAGGAGUUGUUGCAGCGUGUGCGCAAGACGAUAGUGAAGCGUAAUCACAAGCUCGUCGACUACGACCGCUUCAACAACUCACUCUCCAAGCUGCGCGAAAAGAAGGAUAAGACGAUGAGCGACGAGAAGAAUCUUUUCAAGCUGGAGAAUGAGUUUGAGAAUGCACAGGCUGAAUAUGAGCACUAUAACAACCUCACCAAGACGGAAUUGCCACAGUUGUAUGUGAUGGCGCAGAAAUUCAUCACACCGCUAUUCCACUCGUUCUACUACAUGCAGCUGAAUAUCUACUACCUCAUUCUCGAUAAGGUACAGGCAUUCGCUAGCGAUAAGUAUGACCUUAACUACGGUGAUGCUGAAUCUGCAUAUAUGGCCAAUGACCAGGGAGCUAAUGUGCAGGUGGAAGAGUUGACUAAACGACUUACAGCGCUGUCUACGGGUAAAUUUGGCGCACAAAUCAGACGCAACAAGUCAAAGACGGCAGCGGGAGGUGAAGGAGGCGGUGGAGUUGGAGUUGAGGAGGGUGAUGAGUAUGAUAUGGGUAGCUCUAGUGACGUCAAGUCACCAGGUGGAGCAGCAGGUUUGGGCAGGUCAGGAUCAGGGUUCAGCUCAGCACCACCUGCGUACGAUGCAUCACCUAGUUCAGCUUCCAAGAGACCACCACCACCACCACCAAUGAAACCAAAACCUAAAGGGAGUAUCGUUACAGCGUUGUAUGACUUUGAGCCACAGGCAGAAGGGGAUCUUGGAUUCAGAGCAGGGGAUCAGAUAGAGGUGAUUCAGCGUACGGAAUCGACUAAUGACUGGUGGACAGGAAGAAUGGGAGGAAGCGAGGGAGUGUUCCCUGGGAACUACGUGCAAGAGAAUUAA